ACUCCCUGCCGCCGCCACUGCUACCACUGCCGCCACUGCCGGUCAUACCCCGGCCUCCAUCUGCACCUGGGACCACCACGCCACUGCUGCUGCCGUCACCACUACCACCACCAUCCCCAGCACCCCGGCAGCCCUCUCCUCCUCGCCACCGGCCAGCACCCUCCACCCAGCCCACUUCUCCUGAGCCCUCAGCCGCCACCCCAGAAGGCUGGAGCAGGGACGCCGCCGCUCCGGCCGCCUGCUCCCCUCGUGUCCCCGCGCGAGCCCACGCCGGUCCCGGCGCCCGCCCGCAGCCCUGCCCCUGGACACUGGAUAAGGCCCAGCCCGCACAGCCUCAAGCGGACGGCAUGGACCUCGGCACGCUCCCCCGGCUUGUGGCCCUGCUACUGGCCGUCUGCAACCUCAGCCCUGCAAGCCUCGCAGAAACCGCCCGCUGUGACCUGGAACCCGUGGAUGCCGACAGAGGCCAGGUGACAUACACCACCAGCCAGGUGUCCGAGGGCUGCGUGGCUGAGACUUCCAGCGCUAGCCUCGAAGUUCAUGUCCUCUUCCUGGAGUUCCCAACCCAUCCGAGCCAGUUGGAGCUCACUCUGCAAGCCCCCGCGCUGAACGGCUCCCAGCCCCGUCAGGUGCUCCUGGUCCUGGGCACGAGCAAGAAAAGCAAAAGCAUCUUCGUGCAGCUCCAGGCCCCCGGGAUCCCAUUGCACGUGGCCUACAACCCGGACCAGAUCAUCUUCCACACAACUGAAGGAAUCAACACCACACAGAUCCCAUCCUUCAGCAGCACGAACCAAGCCCUUGACUGGGCGCUCACCUGGGGCCCCAUCACCUCGGUUGCCCAGCUUGAUGACCCCCGCAGCAUCCUGCUCCACCUGGGUCCAGCCCCAGGCUCCCCUGCCGUUUGCGUGCCUGAGUCCCCCCAGGACAUGGGUCACACGCUUGAAUGGCAGCCCCAGGCCUCUGCCCCGGUCUUCGGCUGCCGCUUCCAAGAUGUGGCCGGUCACAAGGAGGCGCACAUCCUACGUGUCCUGCCGGGCCCCAAGGCCGGCCCACGCACAGUGACGGUGCAGGUGGAGCUGAGUUGCACAUCCAGGGACCCGGCCGCGGUGCUCAUCCUGCAGGGUCCACCUGACGUGACCUGGCUCAUCGAUGCCAACCACAACGUCCAGCUCUUGACCACCGGGGAAUACUCCUUCAAGAUCUUCCCUGACAAGACCAUCAAGGGCUUCGUGCUCCCAGACACUCCCCAGGGCCUACUGGGGCAGGCCCAGAAACUCAAUGUUAGCACCGUCGCAUCCUUCGUGGAACUCCCUCUGGCCAGGGUCAUCUCGCUGCAGGCCUCCAGCUGCGAUGGUGGGCCCCAGACCUCACCUGCACCCGAGCCGACCACCCCUCCCAAGAACACGUGCAGCCCGGAACUGCUCAUGUCGCUGCUGCAGCUGAGGUGUACCGAUGACGUCAUGACCCUGGUGCUCAAGAAGGAUCUUGUCCAGGCCCUGCAGUGUACCAUUCUGAGCCUCACCUUUGGGGACCCCAGCUGCCAGGCUGAGGACAGCGAGGACCAGCUGGUCCUGCACAGCCCCUACUCACGCUGCGGCAUGGUUGUGACCGGCAGCAUGGUCAGCAAUGAGGUGGUUGUCCACGUCCUGUCGGGCUUGUCACCACAGCGGAAAACCGUACAAUGCUUCAACUCAAAAGGGCUCGCUGUGCAGCUGGGCCUCUACCUCAACCAGCAUUUCAUCCAAGCCUCCAAUACCAUUAAGCUGGAGCAGCAGGGUUUCGUGCAGGUGAGCCUGACCCCACCCGUCCCUGAGCUCGCAUUGCAGCUGGACAGCUGCCAUCUGGACCUGGGAUCCGAGGCGGAAAAGGUGGAGCUGAUCCAGGCCGGGGCCCCCAAGGGCAGCUGUGUGAACCUGCUGUCCUCGAGUGCUGUUGGCCAGCAGCGCUUCAACUUUCUCCUCCGCGUGAACAUGGUGCCCACACCCAAGUCUGGGACCCUCAGCUGCUCUGUGACGCUGCGGCCCAAGAGCUGGUCCCAGGUGCGUGAGAUCCACAGGACUGUAUCCACCCACUUCAGCAUCAGUUCCGACAUGGCCCUGUCUUGUUUCUGCAAAGGCCUCAACCUGCCCGCCGUACUGGGCAUCACCUUCGGCGCCUUCCUCAUCGGAGCCCUGCUCACCGCUGCGCUCUGGUACAUCUACUCGCACACGCGUCCGCACGGCAAGCGGGAGCCCGUGGUGACGGUGGCCGGCCCGACCUCCUCGGAGAGCAGCAGCACCAACCACAGCAUCGGCAGCACGCAGAGCACGCCCUGCUCCACCAGCAGCAUGGCCUAGCGCCUGACCCUGGGGCCACCGGCCAGCCUGUGCCCGGCAGAUGGCAGCUGCUGCCGGCUGGCAGCCACAGCCAGGAGCUCACCUCCUUCUCUAGGGCCUGCUGCCAAUGGGGACACUGCUGCCCUGGAGCCCUGAGGGGUCCCCCAGGCCACUCUACAGAACCUUCCGACCCAGUGGCUCUGGGAUGCAGCUGUCCAGGACCACAGAGAGACAGGUCACCGUCCCGACUGUCCACAUCGCUGUAGAAACGCAAGGCCCAUCUGUGCUGAUGCAGCCCCUGCUCUGGGUGCCUGGGUUGCACACAGACGCAACCCUGCCCAACCAGGCCCCCGCACCUCUCCACGGGUGAGAGGGGACCUGGCCUGGAGCCCGCUGGGUCCCCAC